AGAAUUGAUCAUGGUAAUUUUAAAAUAAAAAAUAAAGAAUUAUCAGCUAUAAAUAGAAGAGCUCAGAGGGGGCAAAAAACAUCCAAGUAAGAGCUAGCUUAAAGCCUGAAAAGAGUGAGUGAAAAAUAAAGAAAAGAAGAGAAAAAAAAGAUUGACGAUCAAAAUGGCUCCUAAAAGACCUGCCGAAGAUAUAGCAUGGAGGGACCUGAUUGGUGAGAAAGACUGGGAUCUUUUGAACCCUCUGAAACCUCAAAUGGGUCAAAACCUCACUCGCUACUGCAACUUGAUCGGAGUUAUCGCCGAAUCCUUCCAGGAGGAAGAGGAUUCGCCACUGCUGGGGCUUCCCCAACACAGCGAGAAAGAACUCCUCUCCCUUGCGGACUUGUCGAAUGACUACGUGGUGGAGAAGUAUUUGUUCGCUUCGACAUUGAACAUCAGGGCCAAAAACGACCAUAGCUCACUUGGACCACUGUCCGGGUACUCGAACUGGAUGGGUUAUGCGGCCGUAAACACAGAUAAAGGGAUGGCGAAAAUCGGUAGGAGAGAAAUUGUGAUUGCAAUCAGAGGAACCAUUAAGCGUGAAGAGUGGUAUCCUAAAUUUUGCAUGCAAGAUCUUGUUUGUGCUCAUUAUAUAUUCCCACACGAUAGGAAUGUUAAGCUGCAGGAAGGUCGGUAUGACUAUUAUGUCACCGCGGAUUAUCAUGACUCUGGCUACAAUAAAACUAGUUUCAGAGAGCAGGUUCUAGAAGCGGUAGAAGGGCUGGUGGCCAAAUACCAAUCAGAGGAAAACCUGAGCAUCGUAGUGACAGGGUUCAGCAUGGGAGGUGCAUUUGCGACGCUAAUCGCGACGGAUCUCGUCUACAACGGAUAUAACAAGAUCGGCGGCAGGGCAAAGGCUAUUCCGGUGACAGCAUUUGCUUUCGCCAACUCACCGGUUGGAAAUAUAGAUUUCUCAAUUUUGGCAUCUAACCUUCACGAUCUUCACAUUUUGAACGUGAAACACGAAAGUGAUAUAAACCCAGAUAAUCCAACUCAGGAAGACGGUUACUAUCAUGUGGGGAAACGGUUGGUCCUUAAUAUGUCUGUGCACAACUUGGACGUUUACAGGCUGGCCAUUGGACAAUCUCAACAAGCUGAGACUAGCCCCGCCCCUACACGCUCCCCACCCCUAAAACGAUUGAAGAACAGAGGUGAUAAUGAUGAAGAUAAUUAAUGAUCAUAUAUAUUAUGUAAUCUUAAUGAUUAGUAAGUAUUUAAUUUUAUGUUAUGGUUUUUGUAAUUUGUGAUAAUUCGAAUAAGUUGUGACUUGGCAUGGAAAUGAUAUGAUAUGCCAACUAGCUAGCUUGGAGAGUUAGUUAUAAUCACUCUCUCUAUCUAUUGUAAAAUGUUAGUCUUCGGGUCCAUUUGCGUUAGCAAGUGUUCGUCUUUCGUGUACUCUUUUAAGGUACCGAUCUUUUGAAUUCAAUAAAAUUUAUAUCUUCUCCAAUAAA